UGAAUUAUACUACAUUAGAAUGGCAAAAGGCUUGAGUUCCCCAACCUCCUCUAAAACCCCAAACAUUAGAAUGGCUUUGUCUGCAGUCGGAUUCUCCUAAAAGCUAAAACCCUACACUCCAUUUCUUCUUCCUCUAUUUUCCAUCUUUUUCCUCCAUUUUCUUCAGUUACACCCCUUUUUUUUCAUGCUUAAUCUGUCAAUUAAUCAAAAUAAUCAAUCUUUCAGCAAAUCCCAUAUCCUGGUGUUUUGAUUUUGCUAUUUUUACCUAAACCCAGAUGAAAUCUCUGAAAAUUUUAAGGAAUUUGUCAUCUUUUUCUUCCAAAUCUCAUCACAAAACCCAUUUCAAUCCCAAUUUUUUAUGCCAAUUUUUCUCUGCUCAAUCCCAAUUAGACCACCCAACAACCUCAAUUUCAUCCUCUGAAAAUGAAACUGACAAUGAAAGCUCAACUUUUGAUAGUUCCCACUUCACUCUUCCCAUUGAAAAUACCCAGACAUUGAACCCAAAAAAUGUGAGUCCUACUUGGGAUAAGAGCUAUAGGGAUAAGGCUAAGAGUAGGGUGUUUGGGGAAGAAGUACCCACUAAGAGGAAGUUGAGGAUUAAGGAGAAGGAGGAGGAAGAAGAGAGAGAGGCAGAAGAGAAGCGGCGGGUGCUCGCUCGAGCGCUGCUUGAGGCAGCGCUCGAGGCGCCUGAUGAGGAGGAUGAGGAAGAGGAGGGUAUGGUGGUGAAGGUGGAGGAUCAGAAGUCUUUGUCAGUUGGAAUUAUUGGGGCUCCUAAUGCUGGUAAAUCAGCAUUGACCAAUUACAUGGUUGGGACUAAAGUUUCUGCUGUUUCUCGCAAGACAAAUACAACUACACAUGAAGUAUUAGGGGUGAUGACUAAAGGAGAUACCCAGAUUUGUUUUUUUGAUACCCCAGGAUUGAUGCUUAAGAAGAGUGGACAUCCAUCAAGGGAUACUAAAGCUCGGAUUGAAUCAGCCUGGAAUUCAGUUAAUCUGUACGAUGUGCUUAUUAUCAUCUUUGAUGUUCAUAGACAUCUCACCAGGCCUGAUUCAAGGGUUACAAGACUAAUUCAGCGUAUGGGGUCAGAACCUAAUAUAAAGCAGAAGCGUAUUCUCUGUAUGAAUAAAGUUGACUUGGUUGAAAAGAAGAAGGAUUUACUGAAGGUUUCAGAAGAAUUAAAGGAUCUGCAAGGAUAUGAAAGGAUUUUCAUGAUCUCCGGGCUGAAGGGUUCUGGGGUAAAGGACCUUUCUGCAUAUCUGAUGGAACAGGCAGUUGAAAGACCUUGGGAUGAAGAUCCAUUCACUAUGAGUGAAGAAGUUAUGAAAAAUAUAUCCCUGGAAGUAGUCCGCGAGAGGUUGUUAGACCAUGUUCAUCAGGAAAUCCCAUAUGAGAUAGACCAUCGAUUGGUAGACUGGAAGGACUUGAGAGAUGGAUCAUUGAGGAUUGAGCAACAUCUUAUUACUGGAAAAGAAAGUCAGCGCAGGAUACUUGUGGGGAAAAAUGGCUCAAAGAUUGGGAGGAUUGGCAUGGAAGCAAAUGAGCAACUGAGAUCCAUCUUCAAGAGAAACGUCCAUCUGAUUCUGCAGGUUAGACUAAAAUAGCAUGGAUUCAGGAAGCUGCUCUUAUAAGUUAUACCUUGUGUUGUAUUGUAUAUACGAAGCAUUCCAGAAUUUAUUUUUUGUCGCAUAUUUCAAGUCUACUAUAGUUUUACAUUUCUAUAUUCUUUUCCUUUGUUUUCUUUUUUGGCUUGAAGAUUGAUUUUAAGGACUAGCCAUAAGUAGAUGCAUCUUUAAUGCCAUAAGUAGAUGCAUCAUAAGCUCUACAACUUGAGCCUAUAUUGGCAAAUGUAGCUCAGUACCACAGUUCGGAAACACCCCUUGUUCAACUUUUGUAGCUUUUUACUUCUUGUAAUAUACAGAAAGUUUUGAUAUGAAUUCAUUUCGAUGUCUCAGUUUGUAUUUCA